CGUGAGCUCUCCAUCCUUCCUGCCAGCACUCCCCAUCAUCACGAUGCACUUCCAUCUCCCCCUCCUCCUCUGCGCCCUCCUUUCUAUCCCCCUCUGCGAGGCCGCAACACCGGAGCAAUGGCGCACCCGCUCCAUCUACCAAGUACUAACCGACCGCUUCGCCGUAGCCAACGGCUCUUCCACGCGGCCGUGCGAUACGGGGGCGCGCCAGUACUGCGGCGGGAGCUAUCGCGGCAUCGUCGAGCAGCUCGAUUACAUCCAGGGGAUGGGGUUCACCGCUAUCUGGAUCUCCCCCGUGGUCAAGAACAUCGACGGCCGCACUGGCUGGGGCGAGGCGUUCCAUGGCUACUGGGCCCAGGACAUCGCGCAGCUCAAUCCGCAUUUCGGAACCGCCGCGGAGCUGGCAGAGUUGAGUGAUGCGUUGCAUGCACGUGGGAUGUAUCUGAUGGUCGACGUCGUACCGAAUCAUUUCGCACAUGCCGGGGAUGUGGAGGCAGUGGCGUAUGAGGGCUUUGGUGCUCCCUUCAAUAAAAAGAGCGCGUUCCAUAAGCAUUGCUGGAUCACGGAUUAUGAUGAUCAGGAGAUGGUCGAGAAUUGCUGGCUUGGUGAUAAGAAGGUUGCGUUGGUGGAUGUCGAUACCACGCUGCCGUGGGUACAGGAGACAAUGAACUCGUGGGUCAAGGAGCUGGUCGAGACUUAUCGGAUUGAUGGACUUCGAAUCGACACGGCCAAGCACAUGGGGCAGCAAUUCCUGUAUAGCUUCAAUGCUGCAGCUGCAGUUUUUUCGAUGGGCGAGGUCUAUCAUGAGGAUCCAGGAUAUACCUGUCAAUAUCAGAAUGCCGUUGACGGCCUAUUGAACUAUCCGAUCUGGUAUUCACUUACCAGCGUCUUCCAGUCGACGAGGGGUGAUAUCCUCCGGCUCACCAUGAUGAUCAAUGUGAUGCGCGACUACUGCCUGGACACCAACCUUUUUGGCACCUUCUCGGAGAACCACGACCAGGCGCGCUUCCCCUCGCUCACCAGCGACCAAUCUCUCAUCACGAACGCCCUAACCUUCACCCUAAUACACGACGGCAUCCCAAUAAUCUACGCGGGACAAGAACACCAAUUCUCGGGCAAGAACGAUCCCUACAACCGCGAAGCCCUCUGGCACACGGGGUUCUCACGGGACAGUCCGCACUACCGACUGAUCUCCAAGCUCAACGCCUUCCGCGCGGCUCAGCCUUACAGCUACUUCACGGACAAAGCGCGGGUGAUCCACAUCGCACCACCGCACACAUUCGCGUUGCGCAAGGGGCCCGCCGUCAGUAUCCUCACCAACCUCGGCGCGCGCUCGGGCCGCAAGUGGAUCACCCUGCCUAAGGGAAGGACCGGCUGGAUGCCGGGCAGCUGGGCCGCGGAUAUCCUCAACUGCUAUAUCACACGCGUCAAGUUCAAUGGGUACGUCGACGUCAGGAUCGAUAAUGGUAGGCCGAGGGUGUUGUACCCACUACUGGACCUGCAUGAGAUGGGCUUUUGUAGGGAUAUUGCGGUCCCGGCUAUAGGUUGGUUGGAAAUUUUGGUUAAUUGGAUAGGUGGGUGGAGUUGGUGGGGCUUGGGGGCGGCGGCGGUGGGGUGGAAGAGGAAAGAACUUUGAUGCCGUGGGGGUUGGGUGGUUGGUGAUAUGAGAUAUACGAGAUACACGAGUAGCUAUUUGGAGUGGUUGGCAUAUAUGAGAGUAGAAUCUAAAGGAUCUGCGAGAAUGAGAUUCCAAUUUCAAAGGCUGAGCUGCACGAAA